AUCUUGUGGCAUGACUAACAGAUUUACGCACUAAUUGUCUCUAAUUCUCCACAGCUCAUCUUAGGUUGCUCCGUGCACCUUCCUACCCUUUGUUGGAAAUCAUGCUUCCUCAUCAGGCUUUGAAGUAUUAUUAUGAUACCAGUCUUAUGAGUGUGGAAUAAGUUCAAUGAUCCUCUUAGCAUAUCAAAUUUGCAAUCCCGGAAUCUUUGUCUUGCAGGCAUGGGGACCAAACUCGAGUUCGCAGUAAAUCCAUUAGCAAAAUCAUCAAAGAGCAACAACUUUACUCUGCGUUGUGUGGAUGAUUGGAGCAAUUUCAAGACAGGAGGGCUGAUACUGAAGGACAGCUGUCAGAAUUCCAUGGAUAGGCACAAGAUGCUAGAGAGUCACAACAGGGAGUCCAUCAGAAGGACAAUGCAGAUGCAUGAAGAUGUCUUCAAACACCAGGUCCGAGAACUUCACAGACUGUACAGUGUUCAGAGGAUGCUGAUGGAUGAAUUGAAGAAAGAAGUCAAACAGAACAAAUCAUGGAAUCCAACGCGUAGUUCCAAUAUUAGUUUCCAAUUUCAAGAUCGGAAAGAUGGUCAGGUCUCCAGGGAAGGGAGUGGCAGUUGCUCAGGGGACACCAUGAGAAUGAUAAGGGGCUUUGAUCUGGAAAGGCUGGCGGUGGUAGCAGGGCCAGAGGAAGAUAAUUCCGGUGAAGUCAGUAUUGUUGAAGACCAAACAGGGCCAAGGCCUACAAAUUUUCCGAGGAGUACCCAGAUGAGCCUUGAUGGGUCUGAUGAAGACAGCGAGGUGGAGCUGACACUGAGCAUUGGCAGCAGCUCCGGUAAGAAAAGAGCAAGAAACACUGGGAAAGGAAUCGUGAGGGAGUUGGAUUCAUCAGCGUCGUUUAAGUCAGAUAGAGGAGGGGAUUGCAGCGGCCCCAAUACUCCGAUGAGCAGCUCUAGUGCGUCGUUGGAUCAGGAAAGAAAGCGGCCGCAUUGGCUUUUCCAAAGUUUAAGCAUAAACAGGACAUGACUCCUGAAGGAGAGGAACUCACCACACCUGUUUCUAAUUUAGAACUUGUAUUUGCGUAAUCUAAUUUCUGUAAAAAGGCCAUCUACCACAUUCAUUAGGCUACCUUUUUUUUUUUAAUUUUUUUUUCAUUUGUCAAGUCUAUUUUCUCAAUCUGUUUCUAAAUAUUUAUUGAAAUUCAAACGAAAUGAAAAUUCCUUUUUCCA